AUGUCUUCCACCCUCUCGUUCCUCGACCAGUUCAAUGCCCCCUCGACCGAAGGCAGGAAAAGGCUCUCAAUCUACACCCCUAAGCACACCCACGUCGGCGACAGCACCUUGCUGAUGCUCCUUCUCAGUAAUCCCACCGACAUUUUCAACAAGCUCAAAGCCCACAACCCUGAAGCAACCAAUGCCACCGACCGCGCUGCACUAGAAGCGUAUCUCUCCGCCCGCCGCGACUACGACGAGGCUGUCAAGGCAGCCGACGAGGCCAUCGACCACCACAAACGACUCCUACGCCAACAGGAUGACCGCGUCCUCACCGAGCUCAUCCGGCUUGAUAAUCUAAAAGUUGCCCAUCACUUUCAACCACUCCUGCCGCGCAGUAUCCGGGCCCGACACAACAAAUUCAUCCCGCGCGCCAUCCCCAACGCGUACUUACCCCUACCCGCACCCCUACUGACGACAGCCUUCAGGCGCCCCCCGAUCCCAUUCCCUUUCCUCCAAGCAACGCCGUGGAGCACUACCAUCCCGGCUGACUGGCAACCCAACCCUGGUUGGACCCCGAAGGGAAGCUGCAGGCGAUGCAGAUCAUCUCGACACUGGGUACGGGACUGUCCGGACGUACGAUGCACAGGAUGCGGAAAAGAAGCCCCUGGACACCUGGAGCGAGAGUGUGGAACCAGGCCGAUGAAGCGACAUGAAAUCAUCAACGAGGCGAAGGAGAGGAAGGAGAAAGAGAGGCAGACGAAAGCGGUACCUAUUCCUCCACCGCGCAGCGCUAACCCCGAACCCCCGACCAGUCCCGUCGCGGGACCUUCGCGCCCCCGCCCCGAUACACCCAUCGUCUUUCGCAAAGUUGACCCCAACUGGACACCCGACACCACUCAAUGGACGUGGGACAGCUCCUGGCCAAAUCAGAAGCACCUCUCUGGCGAGGAAUGGACGAACGUAGGGAGGAACGCGCGCAAGGAGUGGUUCGACGAAGAGGAGGAGGACGGCGUAGAUUGGGAGUUGUAUGGAGAUGGUGAGCAGUAA